AAUUCACAUUGGAACUGCUAGACAGGCAGGAGACAGAGCAGUGGCGGUACACGAUACACCCAAGGAAUCUGACGUCCAAACAGCUGCAUCACAGGACGAAAACUAUUUCAACUCUAAUCCUUUGGUGAAAAGAACUGAAGUCAUGAUUACUUCACGGUUUCUCUCUGCUGUCACUUUUGUGCUUCUCAUUAAAGAAAGUGGAGCCUGGUCUUACAACGCCUCCACGGAAAGCAUGACUUAUGAUGAGGCCAGUACUUAUUGUCAGCAAAGGUACACACAUCUGGUUGCAAUUCAAAACAAAGAAGAGAUCAAGUACCUGAACUCCAUAAUGAGCUACGCACCAAGUUAUUACUGGAUUGGAAUCAGAAAGGUCAACAACGUGUGGGUCUGGGUAGGCACCCAGAAGCCUCUGACAGAAGAAGCCAAAAACUGGGCUCCAGGUGAGCCGAACAAUAAGCAAAAUGACGAGGACUGCGUAGAGAUCUACAUCAAGAGAGGCAAAGAUGAGGGCAUGUGGAAUGACGAGAGAUGCAGCAAAAAGAAACUUGCCUUGUGCUACACAGCUGCCUGUACCAAUGCAUCCUGCAGCGGCCAAGGUGAAUGCAUAGAGACCAUCAAUAACUACACUUGCAAGUGCUACCCUGGCUUCAGUGGACUCAAGUGUGAACAAGUUGUGACCUGUGAAGCACAGGAAGCCCCUGAGCACGGAAGUCUGGUUUGCACCCACCCUUUGGGGAGCUUCAGCUACAAUUCUUCCUGCUCUGUCCGCUGUGAAAGGGGCUACCUGCCAAGCGGCACGGAGAGCACGCAGUGUACGUCCUCCGGAGAAUGGAGUGCUCCUACUCCAGCCUGCCAUGUGGUUGAGUGUGAUGCUUUGACAAAUCCUGACAACGGGGUGAUGGAAUGUUUCCAAAGUCCUGGAAGUUUCCUGUGGAACACAACCUGCACAUUUGACUGUGAGGAAGGAUUUGAACUAACGGGAGCCCAGCACCUCCAGUGUACCUCAUCUGGGAAUUGGGAUAAUGAGAUACCAACAUGUAAAGCCGUGACAUGCGAUGCUCUCCACCAGCUUCAGAAUGGCUCUGUGAGCUGCAGCCACUCCCCUGCCGGAGAGUUCACCUCUAAGUCAUCCUGCAACUUCACCUGUGAGGAAAGCUUCAUGUUGCAGGGGCCGGCCCAGGUUGAAUGCACCACACAAGGGCAGUGGACACAGCAAAUCCCAGUCUGUGAGGCUUUCCAGUGCAGAGCCUUGUCCAGCCCAGAGAGAGGCUACAUGAAUUGUCUUCCUAGUGCUUCUGGAAGUUUCCAAAGUGGGUCCAGCUGUGAGUUCUUCUGUGAGCAGGGAUUUGUGCUGAAGGGAUCCAAAAGUCUCCAGUGUGGCCUCACAGGGGAGUGGGACAGCGAGAAGCCCAUAUGUGAAGCUGUGAAAUGUGAUGCUGUCCGCCAGCCCACAAGUGGCUCGGUGCAGUGUACUCAUUCCCCUACUGGAGAAUUCACUUACAAGUCCUCUUGUGCCUUCAGCUGUGCGGAAGGCUUUGAAUUACAUGGAUCAGCUCAACUUGAGUGCACAUCUCAGGGACGGUGGACACAAGAGGUCCCCUCUUGCCAAGUGGUACAAUGUUCAAGCCUGGAAGUUCCAGGAAAGAUCAACAUGAGCUGCAGUGGAGAGGCUGUGUUUGGUACCAUGUGCAAAUUUGCAUGUCCUGAAGGAUGGAUGCUCAAUGGCUCUGCAGCUCUGAUGUGUGGUGCCACAGGACACUGGUCUGGGAUGCUGCCUACCUGUGAAGCUCCCCCUGAGUCCAGCAUUCCCAUGGCAGUUGGACUUUCUGCUGCUGGAUUCUCGCUCCUGUCGUUAGCAUCAUUUCUCUUCUGGCUUCUGAAAUACUUCCGGAAGAGAGCAAAGACAUUUAUUCCUGCCAGCAGCUGCCAAAGCCUUCAAGCAGAUGGAAACUACCAAAUGCCUCCUGACUUCCUUUAAGUUCAAAAGAAUCAGGAACACAGGUGCAUCCAGGGAACUAGAGCGAUACCUGAAAGCAGCAGAAACAGAGAGGUGUCUCCUUGGGUCUCUGGCCGUUCUCACCUAUUGUACCUGCUGCCUUUACAGCUGGGACCAUAGCACCCACCAUGAUUUCAACAGAUAAGAAUCCAGUGGGCAAGGAUAGCCUCCCGCCGAAAAGACUGUUUUCUCUUUCUGAUUCUCAGGAUCAAGAAGGUGCUGGCUACUGAAGGGAAAAGAUUUUUUUUUUCCAAGCAAGAAGAGAUCAAAGCUCUGGAAUCUCAGAAUUCCUUUUCUAACUCUCCCUUGCUCACUAUGAAAUCUCAGUGGAGAGACAAUACUUUGUGGCUUUGUUUCUUCCUUUUGCCCCUCACAGUGUUUCAACUGCUGAUUACGUAGUUGCUAUCAUGGGGGUGGAUAAGAAGUAUCAAGAGUUAUCAAGAGGAAACAAAUUGGCCAAAAUAUCCUAUUUCUAACUUGAAAAAAAAUGGCACAUAUUAAA